CAAUGGCUGCAGAGUUUUUUAGCAAUCAAACUGGAUAUAAAAGUGUCGCACUCAUAUGCCCGUAAAGCACUGACACUCUUCGUACUGGAAAAAACAAUCAUCAUGGGAAGGAUCAUCUUCUACGAGGAUCGUAACUUUCAGGGUCGUUCCUAUGAGACCAGCAGUGACUGCCCUGAGCUGACCUCAUACCUGAGCCGCUGCAACUCCUGCAGGGUGGAAAACGGGUGUUUCAUGCUCUAUGAGCGCUCCAACUAUAUGGGUCACCAAAUGCUGGUGAGGAGAGGAGAGUACCCUGAUAGCCAAGUACUGAUGGGCAUUAGCAAGAGUGACUGCAUCAAGUCCUGCAGGAUGAUUCCAAUGCAUAGAGGUACAUUCCGCAUACGGAUCUUCGAGAGGGAGAACUUCUCCGGACAGAUGCAUGAACUGAUGGAUGACUGUGACUCCAUCCAGGAACGCUUCCGCAUGUCUGAUUGCCAGUCCUGCAAUGUAAUGGAGGGCCAUUGGCUCUUGUACGAGCAACCCGGUUUCAGGGGCAGGAUGAUUUACCUCAGGCCUGGAGAGUACCGCAGCCUCAGAGACAUGGGAGUAGGCCCAAUGAAUAUUAGAAUCGGCUCCUGCAGGCGCAUCAUGGAGCCAUGCUAGAUACAACUAUAUUACCAUUAAAGAAAUAAAAUAAAUCUGCAUGUUA